AUGGAUCUUAAAACCGACAAUACUUCCCCAGGGAUUGUAUAUUUUUCAUCAAUUCCGACAGAAAUGAACGUUUCUAUGCUUAAGGAACAUAUCGGUGUCUUCGGAAGUAUUAAUCGAGUUUACCUAAUUCCAAAGAAACGAGUUCGUAACAGGCCUAAACGACAGUACGAGGAGGGAUGGGUUGAGUUCCAUGAUAAGAAGUCAGCUAAAAAAGCUGCAACGAGACUUAACUGUACAGAAGUUCUGGGUGGGAAAGUACGUGUUUUUAGUUUACUUGAUCCCUAUAGCGCAAACCAUGGUAUGGAGAGUUAUGGAAUGUCCGAUACCUACCUAAGGUGUCGUGGGGCGACUUGUUUGCAAUGGAGAGGCAAGACGAAGAAGUGCGGCGUAUGUCGAAGGAUAGGGACAUCAUAAUGGCGAAAAAACAGGCGAGACUGUUUAAAAGUGGACUGGACUCCUACAAGCUAGAGGCCAAAUUACGCGUUUCGAGAGGAAAACGGUAUUUGGCAUUGUUUUUCUUUCAUGUCAACCUGCUAUCUUGGGUCUUCCUGUGCUCCAUUUAUAUCUGGAGAGUUUUAGUGAAAAGCCAUAAGUGACUUUGUUUUCUAGCCCAUCAUUUCCGGAAAGUCGACUUCCCCCCAACAUCUUCUAAUGAACCAUGACCACCAUGGGGUUUACUGGAUUUUAGCCUUUUCAUUCCUAACCAUUGCUUACCUCGGCGUCGAACUAAUUAAUGACUAUCAUACUUCCUUACGCUAGACCUCGUCACAUAAAUGCGUUUCGAACUGCCAGUCUACUUCCUAACCACAACACUUGGGGCAAUAAGCUUCGCUACGUUUUGCCAUAUGUGGACAUAGGCUUGGUUCUCGGCUAACUGCGCAUACACUGAAUUAAGCAACUUGCAGGUUUGUGGCCUCCGUUUGUUGCGUUGUGUCCCGGACAUGCCACAGAUCAAACGGUUACUCUGUAGGACAACCUAGUAUGCUGUCCUCUUUCCGAUAUACAAAGUAGCGUUCUUCAUCCCGAAGAACACUAGAUUAUUCCCCUUACUCCUCCUCGUCUGUGUGAUUUGCCCAGGAAAAGAACGGUAUCGUAAGCUACAUGGACCACGAGUAACGUCCGUCCAAAGUGCGUGCAGCAUAGACUUCCUCCAUAGGCGCCACUAUUACUGGUUACCUUUGUACUGAGGUUCGAAGUAAAUGAUACUUGCUUGCAAUUACUCUAAGCAAGAGCUGAGACGGAAUUUCAUCACUGCACUGAACGUAUAAAAUUUUUCCAGCUGGAAAACCUGUGCCCUCGAAUGGAAUCGGGCACUUUACCUGCUGAUCUACCUGGACUGCACUUGUCGGCUGCAUUUAGUUUACAUAUGUUUCUCUCUUAUGACCCAUGAGGGUAAGCCGGCUGCUUAUUUUGACGACUAUUAUACUGGGAUUUUUAUGGGAAAUCUAGUGAGCACACUUAUAUUAGGUGAUACACCAAACACCCAGUACGGUCCACCGUUUGAUUACCUGGAAUUGUUGCUAUUGCGGAUUAUUCGCAUAUAGAGCUCCCUCAGUUUAAAAAUUUGCGACCUCGAAUGAAAUCUACUGCUGGAUUCAUAAAUUCGCGUAGGGUGCUAUAUCUGCCGAACUACUAGAGGAAUGCCUUCCGGUUGUGACCUAUCUCCGUUUCUAUCCACUUACUCGUUCUCAUUGCGAUCGGCACAGCGGGCGGGCGUAUACUCGCUUAUUUCGGACACAUCUGUGAUCAUGCCUGACAUAUCUGGCCUCGAUGAUGUCGCUAAUUGUCCACGCAUGACGGUCUGCAGCGGCGGACUUAGAGAGCUCGACCUAUUCCUCCCCAGUGGCGGAAGCCGAAUGCACCACCUCCAUGCCUUGGUGACCCGUGUCGAACCCCCAAGUAUGAACCAGCGCCGGAUCAAGGGCAGCAACCUUGAGCUCAUAAGACAAAGGACGAAUUCGCCCCAAGAUUACGUCAGUCGCCUUUCUCAGAUGACUUGAUCAACCAUCGCGAUUUCGCGACAAGUGCGGACCGUCUCAUUCGGAAGCAAGUCAGUAUACUUCACUGAACAGAUGGUUCUUAGGUAACGAUGGUCAAACUCCUCCAGUUUUCACUCCUCCCACGCACACAGCCCACAUUUCGAACUAUUAGGAUGACUGACCGGACAGAAGUCCGGUUCGCGCCGAUCUUUGGGACGACAGAAGGGUCGCGUCGGGCUCAUACACGCUUUCUAAGGGUUUUGAAACCUUGGCAGAUGGCAUUGAUUAAGGAUACGGUGUCUUCCUUACUCUGCGCAUUAUGCAGCAACCUCGCUACGAGGUACUUGAAACUAUUUCUUCAAGUUGACAUCACUUUUCCAGAAGGAUGCCUCCCCCUGGUCAAGGAUGCAGCUCGAAAUCACGUUUAUCCUCCCGGCGUUUGUCGAUAAACCGACCUAUUUAGCGACUCCGUCCACUCCCGACACCUGAGACUGUAGAUCACUGCUUGAGGCUACCAGGCGGCAUUGUCAGCACAGCCGAUAUCGGUUAGACGGCACCCGUAUACAAAUCCAGCAUCGUCAACGCCAUGUAGAGUCCUUUUGAGAAUCCAGUCCGCACCUUAGUUGGCCAGAACGAGCGACAAGGUACAAUAUUUUGAAACUCCAGAUCGGAUAUAGAACGGUGGAGAGAGACUGUUUCUAACCCACACUCGCGCGGUGGGGAAAUGAUACUAGGCCCUGACCAUGGCAAAGAUUUUUGUCGAUAUAUCACAUAUUUCCAUAAUUCUCAACAGAGACUCACAAUGGACGGGAUCGAACGCUGCGGUGGAGUCAACAAAGCAGACGACCGUUGCCUGCUGGCAGCCGUGGCGAAAUUCAAGAAUACGUUGCUGUGUGAAUAUCUGGGCCGCGUAUCCACAUCCAGCUGAAAACCCAGCCUAGUUAGGUCUCGUUCUUGAGUCACGCAUAAUGAGAUCGCUCGAGAAAGACAGCGGUGAAGACCUUCGCAGCAACUUUGAUGAGGCUUAUGCCACGGUAGUUGUCGUAGUUUCUCCCAUCCGGAAAACAGGCUCAGGGAUGUCCGAGCCCCAGUCAUCAAGAACGACUUCAUCUUUCACGCUUGUCCAGUCUCCUAAUGGAGCCUGGACGCCAAAGCCGUGACACAAGACUUACAGAUCUCAGUGGGACUACCAUCCUCUCCCAAAGCCUAAUUUUGUGGAGCAUUCAUAUUGCAUCGGCGAUUUCUCCUUGGGGCGGGGCCACAUGACACUGCAUAGGCUGGAGAGGAAUAAGACAGGUGGAGUAUUUCACGGUGUCACAGGAGAGUCCUCCAUCCUGGCCAGCACGCACUUCAGCAGCCGGUUAUGGCGUGGGUAAAGGUACGCCCUCUUGGCAUUUUUGUGAUCGGGAAGGCAAAAUACCACUAUAGACCGAUUUACGCGCAAGUUACCGCCCUGCGCCCCUCGCGUGGGGCACACGAUGGAGAUCAUCGUGUCUGUCUGUACCGCUCUCUUCCCUCCAGAAAAUUUAUAACGAAUGCUCCUAACUCGACCAGGACUUUCACACCUGUCUGACUCUUUUGCACAAUUGGCCUCUGGAGUUCCGCUAGCAAGCUCUUUCACGUUUUUUAUCAGGUAACACUUAAAACAUCACAGGCGCCCUUGAAACCGUUCCAGAAUUAAGAGAAGUGCACAUUGGUGUACCUUCCUCCAGAUACUAAGUCGCCCGCGCCACUCUUAAUGCGCGUACACUCUGGGUAUUUUAAGUCAGACUGUGAAUAAGAGGAAAAUCAGAUAGGUAGAUCUUGACACAAAUACCACCCAUGAAGGGCUUUAGUCUUGUGUUAAGUGACGCUAAAACUAAUUUGCAUCCUUAUCGCAGUGCUUUCUACUCGCAAUCUUUUUCGUUAGAGAUAAUAGUGGUGAUAUGAUACGGAAACUGGAGCUCUUUUCAUGCCCCUACUUUGCAAAGUAUUCGUCCGUACGUUAAGCUGCCAGGCUACUGAACUUUUAACCUCCGAUGAUGAUUUCUUUGGACUGUAGCGCUUUGUUAGACCCUGUCAUCAACGUAAACAUGCCUUCGCCCCAGAAUCAGGAAGCCUGACUCAGUCUUAAUGAAUGUCUAACACUUUCUGUCAGGACUCGUUGUUCGCCAAGUUGAAAUUCGGGGUAAGAGUUCGUUUGAUUGGUGGCUUGUGCCGUUUGAGUUACGGGGGCGUUUUAGUUUUUAACGCCAAUCAAAGUAUGGGGAACAUCACUGAAACUCUUGCUUUUUCAAAGAUUCUCCACAAAGGUGACGUUGUGUGAAUGUCGCUUCAUUAUGCAGAUUUCCAGGCGCCUUCACCCACAUUCCGUGUUUUCCUGUACAGUUUCAAGGAACGACGUCCCCUUGAUCUUGAGGGUCACCAGAAACCAACAGCAGAGGAGAUCGAAGAGCGGUUGGCGCGCUCAAGUCGAACCGCACCGGAGGGUGUCGAAGGAUUCUCGGCCUUGACGGACAAAACUUUCAUGGAAAAUUUGUUCUCUGGAGGACUAUGA